UUCUUUCUUUCGUUCCAUUGAUCGUCACUGAAUUAAUUUUAUUUUGUCCUGUAUUUUAAUCUGUUGUGAUAAAAUAUAACUUUCUUAAUCACUUAAACUUCGAACACACUUAAAUGGCUAAUGGUGGACACGUGUAACAUAAGUUAGAACUACAAAAACCUUCACUUGCCCUCAAAUCUGAUGGACCUAUUUCGACAUCUACGUUAUUGAAAAUAUUGGCCCGAAGAACUGUAAUGGAAACUAUCUCGAGUGUGCUAACUAGACGGAAAAAAACAGCAGUGGAAGGUUACAAAUGAAGGAUAUUUAGAAUUAAAGGUUGCAUCUUGACUUUCUAGAUAACGAGGGGGCUCUGAUUGGUCGUUGAUCGACAGGUUUUAUGUGCGCGUGACGGUGACAUGAGCACAAACAACAAACGGCGUGGAGCUAGCGGUUCCAGUUGUUCUGUGUCUGGAGUACCCGCUCUAGUAAACGUGCCCACCGCAAUGUCAGCGGACCUAGCAUCCCUAUUUGAAUGUCCGGUCUGUUUCGAUUAUGUUUUACCCCCAAUACUGCAGUGCCAGAGCGGGCACCUCGUCUGCUCCAGCUGCCGCCCCAAGCUGUCCUGCUGCCCGACCUGUCGCGGCCCUCUCGGCAACAUCCGCAACCUGGCUAUGGAGAAGGUAGCUAGUAAUGUGAUGUUCCCUUGUAAACACUCCAACACUGGUUGCACAGUAACAUUAGUACACACAGAAAAAGCUGAACAUGAAGAAGCUUGUGAGUUCAGACCUUAUUCUUGUCCAUGCCCAGGGGCAUCAUGUAAAUGGCAAGGUGGUCUGGACCAAGUAAUGCCACACUUAAUGAUGUCCCACAAGAGCAUCACUACUCUGCAAGGUGAGGAUAUAGUGUUCCUUGCCACUGACAUCAACCUACCUGGAGCUGUAGACUGGGUGAUGAUGCAGUCCUGCUUUAAUCACCAUUUUAUGUUAGUACUAGAAAAACAGGAGAAGUUUGAUGGUCAUCAACAGUUCUUCGCUAUAGUCCAACUCAUAGGGUCUCGUAAGGAGGCUGAGAACUUUGCGUACAGACUGGAACUGAAUGGCCACAGGCGGCGGCUCACAUGGGAAGCGAUGCCACGGUCAAUCCAUGAAGGUGUAUCAUCAGCUAUUAUGAAUUCCGACUGUCUUGUGUUUGAUACGUCACUUGCGCAGCUGUUUGCAGACAAUGGGAACCUCGGAAUCAAUGUCACAAUAUCUAUUGCCUAAUGACGACUACAACUGCCGUCUGCUGCUGUCGCAUGUUAUAGAAACCGCAGUAACCCAUUGCACAUUGUGUGACUGGUAUAUUUUUAAUAAAGUAAUUCAACAAUUUUGUGUAUAAAGUAUUGAUAGUGUAUAAUUUAUGUUACAAAUUUGAUAUAAUAAGUAAUGAAUAUUUUCGUUACAGCUUGUAAUAAUCGCCAAUUAUAAUUAAUUUUGAUUGA